GAACACUACACCAAAUACUCAUUCCUGUUAUUCUUUACUCAUUGCUUAUUGUAGACAGGCUCUUAUCAUUUCAUAGAUUUUAUAUUCUAACCUAUAUGUACUAGUACCGUAAGUAUCGUAAAGUAUAUCGCGCAAAGAUUGCAGAUUACGAAAUUAUGUAAAGAAGCAUGGAAUCAAACGAGCAGAAUAGACUUCCAAACGGUGACAUCCCCGUACACAGGGAUGUCGAUUGGGCUAGAUACGGUUUGCGAGAUUCAGAAAUGCAAAGAAAUGAGAAAAGACACAAUGGAGACAGCAACAAUGCACUCGAUCCAGAAAUGUAUCAGGCUGGAGCAAAUGAAUUGUUCGCACAAGAAUAUAGUUCAGAUCCUUGGUGGAAAUCAAAUUUCUUCAUCUCUCAGCCUGUAUUGUUUGGUACUUGGGAUGGAGUUUUUACAUCUUGUCUUAUUAAUAUAUUUGGAGUAAUUGUAUUUUUGAGAUCUGGUUGGAUAGUUGGUCAGGCAGGUGUUUUAAAUGCCAUAUUGAUCAUUUUUUGUACAGUGUGUAUUGCAUUAGUGACAGUAUUGUCAGCUGUAGGAAUAUGUGAACGGUGUAGAGUUGAAAGUGGCGGAGUUUACUUUUUGUUAUCACAUGUAUUGGGUUCUAGGUUUGGCGGUUCUAUCGGAUUACUUUACUGUUUUGGACAGGCAGUGGGUUGUGCUCUAAACGUUUUAGGUUUUGGGGAAUCAAUGGCUGGCCUUGUAGAUUUGGAAUCGACAUGGGCACAACGUGGUUUUGCAUGUGCAGCAGUGGUACUGUUAUCUGUAAUUAACGUCGCUGGUGUUAAGUGGGUUGUAAAAUUGCAGUUUAUUCUUCUCUUGAUCCUACUCCUUGCUGGUGUCGAUUUUAUGGUUGGAAGUUUCACUCAUACCACCAUUGAUUCUGGUUUUGAAGGCUGGUUAUCGGGGAAUUUAAAAAAUAACACUUUCCCCAUUUAUCAAGAUGGAUAUAAUUGGUUUACCGUGUUUGGUGUGUUCUUUCCAACAGUCACUGGUGUUUUGGCUGGGAUUAAUAUGAGUGGAGAUUUAAGGCAUCCAUCUAGUGAUAUUCCCAAUGGUACUUUGGCAGCAUUAGGAACUGGAACAUUUUUGUAUUUAUGCUUUUCGCUGACUCUUGCGGCCACUUGUGCCAGAAACGCUUUACUAACAAACUUUACAAUAGCAUCCACGGUAUCGGCAAUUUCGGUGCUGCUACUCGCUGGUCUCUAUGUAUCGUCGUUUAGUAGCUGUUUGGGUGCUAUGUAUGGCACACCUCGCGUUCUCCAGUCUAUCGCCAGUCAAAAUGUCAUACCAGGAAUGAGAUGUUUGCAAAGAGGGAGGGGACCAAAUAAAGUACCUAUAUAUGCUAUGCUGGUUGUUGCUAUGGUAACGUUGACGUUUAUCAUUACUGGGCAAAUUAAUACACUUGCACCAAUCGUGACAAUGCCUUUUUUACUUACGUACGCGUGCUUAGAUUACGCGUAUUUCGCUCUUGCGCAAACAUUUGAUCUUCGGCAUACGCGCGAGCAAAGAUUUCGUACACAGUCUCCAACGUUCGAUCGCAAUUACGGCUCUGCAAGUAGAAACAAUUCGAUGACAGAUACGGAUAAUGAUUUAGACAGCUUAUUUCCCGAGAGAAUAAGGCAUAAGAAUCUUGUGAGAAAUAACAGCAUUUCCGAUAAUAAUGUAUAUGUGGAUUCAUCACCAAGUAUUGAGGAUAGUGUUAGCGUUAUCAGUGCAUCAGAACGAAAAGUUCAUAUACAUAAUAAAUUAGAAAAUUGGUACAGUCCUUUGUGCAAUAGAUGGUUUUCGUUAUUGGGUUGUCUUGUAAAAUUGCUUAUAAUGUUUCUCGUACAUUGGGGAUAUGCUAUCGUUAAUAUCGUCGUGGUAUUUCUCGUCUGGAGUUAUGUCGGCCACGCCAACCCUGCUGUUAAACCUGGAGUCUCGGCAGAAUUCCAAUUUUUUAAAUGGCUUCGGACUGCAUUACUUAGACUUGUGGGGAGAAAAGUUUAUGAUUACGAACAAAUUGUAGUAACGCCAAUACAUCCAGGUGUUGAAACAUGUUCGGCUCAAUUAAACGAAGAGAACGAAGACUUUUCGGGAAGAAGAAGAUAUCAUCAAACUGCUACUGUCACAGGUCAAUAUGUUAAUGUCGAUUAGAUUUGUGAUUGUUAUCUGGGCGGAAUUAUGAAUUACGCAUUAGAAUUCACAUAUUAUUUCAGUAUUUGUUUAGAAUACAUUCUCAUUGGUGCAAAAGCAAAUUGCAUACAUAUAUGCCUAAUAUUUAACAUAAAACUUCAAGACUUGAUAAGGAGCAACUUGCAGCAAUCUUACUUUACAAGUAAUCAUAAUUUUCACUCAUUUUACAAUAUUAUCAAUCGUGCAAGCAGCUAACAUAAUAAUUAUAUUUAUUGAAUGUACAUAUACAAAUUUUCAAAAUUUAAAUUUUUCUUUAAUGUACAUAUACACAUUUAAAAAUGCAAUAUAAUUGCAGCUUUCAUGGUAUUUUAACAAUCAAUGAGAUGGUGGAUUAAAUUCAAAAUUGAUUGUAUGAAACGUACAAAGAAUUGAUGUUAAUUAAUAAUAGAUUUUUAUAAUGCAUUUACUUGGCAUGAGUGCUGUAUACGCAGUUGAGAUAAUCUACUACUAAAGUUUUUUUUUUAUCCCUGCAAUGCCAUUCAGCUUGAUAGACAACCAAGAAAAAAUAUCAAUUUGGCUGAUGAGCUCCUGCCAGAAAAGAAUAUUCUCAUAUCUAUGAUACAAGAGUAUUCUUUUAUAAUAUUGAACUUUUUUACGGUUGUAUAAAUAAUCAAGCAAUAAUGACAGUACGGCAAUCGUGUGAAAAUAUACUCUGUAAAUAUUUGAUAAUAUAUUUAUACAUUAUUUAACACUUUUAUAAUAUAUUCUCGAACAAAAGCACAAACUAAUUUGUGUAAAUGCAAAAUAUAAAUAUAUGUAUAAAAGAGAAAGGUCUAAUGUGUAUAUUGACAAUUUUCCCUAUUUAUUUUUUGUGGAUUGUAUUUAUUAAACUUACCAAACAAAUAAAUAUUUAGAAAAAUGGAAUUACUUUACGAUAUAUAAGUCAAGUUAUAUAUUUAGGUAUAUAUAGAUGUGAUACAAUUAGGAGAAAGAAAUAAUGUACAUUAAAAAAAAUAGAUUAAGUUUGUAAAAUAUUUUUUCAGAUAUAAUAAGUCAUUUUCGAUAAAUUAAAUAUUUCAGAAAUUAAAAAAUGAAAACAUUUUUCCUUUAUUUUAAGUUUAUAUUAUUUUUGAGGACAUUCUUGUAUAGGUUAACAAAUGCCUUUAACACUGUAAUUCUAUCAGAGAAUUUUAUGAAUAAAAAUGUGAUAUAUA